CCGCCCGCUCGGGGAGUGGAGCGGCGGCGCCCGCGGUCCCCCUGCGAGGGGCGCUGGCGCGCGGGGUGGAGCGACCGGCCGCCGUGUGUGGGAGUGCCGCGCCCGCCUCGGCCGGGAGGAGUGCGCUGCGCGGUUGGCGAUGAGGGGCGCGGGGGACGAGGGUCCGGAGGCCGCCGCCGGCCGCGCCGGAGGCCGCUCGGAGCCCGAGGCCCCGGGCGGCGCGCUGAGCGUGGACCUGCCGGGGCUGCUGGGGCAGCUGGCGCGCAGCUUCGCGCUGCUGCUGCCGGUGUACGCCCUCGGCUACCUGGGGCUGAGCUUCAGCUGGGUGCUGCUGGCGCUCGGGCUUCUCGCCUGGUGCCGCCGGAGCCGCGGCCUCAAGGCCAGCCGCCUGUGCCGUGCGCUGGCCCUGCUGGAGGACGAGGAGCGAGCCGUGCGCCUGGGGGUGCGCGCCUGCGACCUGCCCGCCUGGGUUCAUUUUCCAGACACUGAAAGAGCAGAAUGGCUAAAUAAGACUGUAAAGCACAUGUGGCCCUUUAUUUGCCAAUUUAUAGAGAAGCUCUUUCGAGAGACCAUAGAGCCAGCUGUGCGGGGAGCAAAUGCCCACCUCAGCACCUUCAGCUUCACGAAAGUGGACAUGGGUCAGCAGCCCCUUAGAGUCAAUGGUGUCAAGGUUUAUACCGAAAAUGUGGACAAAAGACAAAUUAUUCUGGACCUUCAGAUUAGUUUUGUAGGAAAUUGUGAGAUUGAUUUGGAGAUCAAACGAUAUUUUUGUAGAGCUGGUGUGAAAAGUAUUCAGGUCCAUGGGACUAUGCGGGUGAUCCUGGAGCCCCUGAUUGGGGACAUGCCUUUAGUUGGAGCCUUGUCUAUCUUCUUCCUUAGGAAGCCGCUUUUAGAGAUUAACUGGACAGGACUGACUAAUCUUCUGGACAUCCCUGGGCUGAAUGGUUUAUCUGAUACUAUCAUUUUGGAUAUAAUAUCAAACUAUCUGGUGCUUCCCAAUCGAAUCACUGUUCCUCUUGUCAGUGAAGUUCAAAUAGCUCAGUUGCGGUUUCCCAUACCAAAGGGUGUCCUAAGGAUUCAUUUUAUUGAAGCUCAAGAUCUUCAGGGAAAAGACACCUACCUUAAAGGCCUUGUUAAGGGAAAAUCAGACCCCUACGGAAUUAUCCGAGUGGGCAACCAAAUUUUCCAGAGCAAGGUCAUCAAGGAGAACCUUAGUCCAAAGUGGAAUGAGGUGUAUGAGGCUUUAGUCUAUGAACACCCUGGACAAGAACUGGAGAUUGAACUCUUUGAUGAAGAUCCAGACAAGGAUGACUUCUUAGGAAGUCUUAUGAUUGAUCUUAUUGAAGUUGAGAAGGAGCGUCUUUUAGAUGAAUGGUUCACUCUGGAUGAAGUUCCCAAAGGAAAGCUGCACUUGAAGCUGGAGUGGCUCACCCUGCUGCCAGAUGCGGCCAACCUCGACAAGGUACUGGCAGACGUCAGAGCUGACAAGGAUCAAGCCAAUGAUGGUCUCUCAUCUGCGCUGCUGAUCUUGUACUUGGAUUCUGCAAGGAACCUUCCGAGUAACCCAUUAGACUUUAACCCCGGUGUCUUGAAGAAGUCUACAGUUCAGAGAGCUUUAAAGUCAGGGAAGAAAAUAAACAGCAACCCAAAUCCUCUUGUCCAGAUGUCAGUCGGUCACAAGGCUCAAGAGAGUAAGAUUCGGUACAAAACUAGUGAACCUGUGUGGGAGGAAAAUUUCACUUUCUUCAUUCAUAACCCCAAGCGCCAGGACCUUGAAGUUGAGGUCAAAGAUGAGCAGCAUCAGUGUUCUCUGGGGAGCCUGAGGAUCCCACUCAGUCAGCUGCUCAUGAGUGACAACAUGACUAUAAACCAACGGUUCCAGCUCACCAACUCGGGUCCAAACAGCACCUUAAAAAUGAAGAUUGCCCUACGGGUGCUCCAUCUGGAAAAGCAAGAAAGGCCUGCGGACUACCAGCACUCAGCUCAAGUAAAGCGGCCCUCCGUCUCCAAAGAAGGGAGGAAAAUACCUGUCAAAUCUCAGAUGUCUGCAUCACCAGGCACCGCCGGUAGCAACACUGCUCCAUCAACGCCAGUCAAGGGAGUCGAUCAGCCUGUCAUGGAGGAGAGGCCCCAGCCCCCCGAGGCCAGCCCUCUUGGGCAGUGUGACCUGGGCAGGAGCUCCUCCAGCCUCUUGGCCUCUCCAAGCCACAUCUCAGCCAAGGAACCCACUCCAAGCAUUGCCUCAGACAUAUCACUGCCCAUUGCUACUCAGGAGCUGAGGCAAAGGCUGCGGCAACUUGAAAAUGGGACGACCCUGGGACAGUCUCCUCUGGGGCAGAUCCAGCUCACUAUCCGGCACAGCUCCCAGAGGAACAAGCUCAUUGUGGUCGUGCACUCCUGCAGAAACCUCAUUGCCUUCUCGGAAGAUGGCUCUGAUCCAUAUGUCCGCAUGUAUUUAUUGCCAGACAAGAGACGAUCAGGAAGAAGGAAAACCCACGUGUCAAAGAAGACACUGAACCCUGUGUUUGAUCAGAGCUUCGAUUUCAGUGUCUCACUGCCUGAAGUGCAGAGGAGAACCCUGGAUGUGGCGGUGAAGAACAGUGGUGGCUUCUUGUCCAAAGACAAAGGGCUUCUUGGCAAAGUGCUGGUUGCUCUGGCAUCUGAAGAGCUCGCCAAGGGCUGGACCCAGUGGUACGACCUCACAGAAGAUGGAACAAGGCCGCAGGUGAUAACGUAGCUACGCUGGACGUAGGCCUGUUUCUCCAAUGGAUCGUGCCACCUCAACAUUGAACACGCCUUCUCGCAGAUGUACCAAUGCUAUUUUUAUAAUAUUAAGUAUUGAGUUAUACAUACCUUAAGAAUUUUAUAAAUGGUAGGCAUCAUAGGAAAAUGUGGCCAAUAUCAUUGUUAAAUUCCCUGUUCCCUCCAGUGCUCUGCCGGGCGCUGCACUGUUCAGCAGUGUGCAGUGUGGGACGCUGCCAGCCGCACGGGCUGGAAAACAGGCACCUGGACUUGCUCGUUUUGUCCUGCCCUGCAUCCCGGGGUGCCCUGCACCGUGUAAAUAGACUCUGUUUUUAUAAUGUCUACAUGCUGGUUUGCAUAGAGAAGAAAAUGUACCAAGGAAAUACUUUCUCCUAAGACAUUAAAUUUUUGACAAAUAAUCACUUUCAGCUUUUCAGCAAAAAGUUCUCAUAGAUCAACUGUGUGGUAUGACUUUCUUAAGGGAAAAAUGAAAAAAUCAUUAAGUAUUAGGAUAUUUAUGUCUGGUAUGAAUGAUAAAAGAAAGUGUUCAAGUUAUUAACAUUAUUAUAAAUAGGAAGAGACAGUGAGAAAUCAGUGAACGGCUUAUUUAAAAAUUGUAUAACUGAGUAAUGGACAAUACUAAGAGUAUUGUCAAGGCUCAUGAAUCACAGUAUGCUCAUCUGAAAUUUAUUACAUAGGAAAAUACUGUGCUGUUUAUUUGUAAUUGUUUGUUCUAACAGAUCCAUGGAAUAGUACAGAGAUAAACAUGCCAGGUGUGGUACCUCACAUCUGUAAUCCCAAGAUAUAGGAGAGGCCAAGGCAGGAAGACCAAGAGUUAAAGGCCAGCUUGUGCUACACAGCAAGACCCUAUCUAGGGAAAAAGAGAUGCAUACUUUACACUUUGCCCAAAGCAUAGGAACUAGUUUUCAGUCAUGGGGAAUAAGGUGUUGUCCAGAGUGAUGCAAGCCUGGCUUGUUUUGUCAGUGUUUCUAACCAUAUAAAGACAGCUCUAUUGUUAGGGUGAAGUGGACUUCACCCUAACUCUUAACUUCCAUCCUAAAUAGGAUGGAAGAGUACAAAGGGUGUUGUGCUAAAGACUGAUGCUGCACUUGCUCUUGGUGGGAGAAGCUGGUUCUAUAUCCAUCACACAGGAUACACACCUGUGGGGAGGGCUUUCUGUGCGUCCCCUGAUACAAGGGACCCCACAUGACAGACAGAUCCUGCCCAGGGCCAGAAACAGAGCUGUCAGUCUUGCCAUUUUCUGGAUACCCUCAUUUUAUGUCAUGCCAGAUGUUAAUAUUAGGAUAGUAUUAUACAAUUUUUAUUUUGUAAUCCUUUUCUUUUUAGAUUAUGAGAAGCAUGUUUUACAUGUGUAAGAGUCCCCAAACCUCUUGUGAGGUGAGGCUAAAUCACAGUAUUAUAAGCUAUGCAUGUCAGUAAACAAAAUUUGCACAAAUGUAUAAAGAUAUUUUUCAGUGUGCAUUUUAAGCUGCAGGAUGAAAAGGGCUUCUCAGCUAUGAGAUCAUUUAAAACUAUGUACACUUACAGCAGGAAAAUACAGCUUUGUAAUCAAAGUUGGAGUAGUUCCUUUCACAUGCUUCCUGAAACUAAACAGCGUAUGGGAAGUUUAUGUGGCCAAACAUACCAAAGUGCCUAUGACGAGUACCCAGAGUUCCUGUCACACUCUCCUCCUGUCUAGCAGAUGAAAGCGUGCCUCAGUGUGUAAUGAACCAUGUACAGUUGUGAUGGAGUGUGUAACCUCCAUCUCCUGUUUGCUGACACCUUCCUCUUAAUCCUGUUUCUCUUAAUCCUGUUUCUAAGUCUUUUUCCACUAGUGUGCAGGUUUGGGAGAAAGCUUAUGUAUAUGUCACACAUAUGAACAUACAUGCACAUAAAACAUGCAAGGGUGGCAUUUUAGUUGCAGGAGAAAAGCAGAUAAUAUCUUAUUAAAACUAGUUGCUUGGCCAGGGUUUCAGAUUGUUUCUUAAGUGUCUUUUUAAUUAGGUCCACUGAAGGGCUUAUGUUAAAAUCUAUGAAGGAGAUUUUCUUGCUGAAAUUGUGUCAUGUCAGUGACUUUUCACCAACAACCUAAACAUCUUGGAUUUGCACCCACAUACUCAAUCUGUUGAGUGUGUUUUUUUAUUUAAUGAGAUGCUUUUCUUAAGCAAUUAGGCAAAUUGGGUACGGAUAAGGGUACAGUCCCCUAAUAAAUGAGUGUAACACCUCAGUAGGAUGCCCAAUGAUACAGUCACAAAAGCUGGCGCCAAUGAAUUCAGAUGCAGUGCCCGCCUGCGCCAUCUGAAUCCUCCAGUAGCUCUCUCCACACUGGAAAGGAGAGAAGGUCCAGUGAUCCUGGUUGUACUUCCUUCUGUGCCCGGCCUGGGCAGAACUGAGUUGCCAUCAAAGCAUGCUCCAGUGUCCUGAAGCUAGAAGAUACUUUGAGUUCUCAGAAUGAUAACUUUUAGUUUUGAUGGCUUACGUAGGAAAAAGAACUUUUAAGUUUUCUACUUUGAGCAAACCAAUGAGGGGAAGUUAGGGAUCUGAAGUACAGCUCUGCUAACUUAUUCAGUGGUGUCUUCUGUGCCUUAACGUACAAAGUGUUUUCACGGUUCAGAUGAAAACAGAAGCAGCCUUGCAGCUGUGUUGCCACCACGUGGACUCUGCACUGUCCAUCCCCUCUAUAGAUGGUCCUUACGCAGAGGGCAGUCCUCAGAGGCUUUUGAAUUAUCUUAAAAACCUCAGGCAGAUGCAGAGAAUACAGGUUCCUGCAGUGACGGGUCCCAUCUGGAUUACCCACUGUAGAGGCAGACCGUAGAGGCUGGCUUUUGUUUUUUGUUGUUUGUUUGUUUGUUUGUUUUAAAUCAUAGAAUGUCCUUUCUGCUUAAUUAAUUUUAUAUUAACAGCACAUGUAUUUAUUCAAUAAACCUUUUAUGUUAGUGUA